ACAGUUCCCGCCGCCGAACUUACCCGGCGGGUGGGGCGGCCCGGGAGCUAGCGGGGCACGUGAGCGAUGGAGACCAUCUGGAUCUACCAGUUCCGCCUCAUCGUGAUCGGGGACUCUACCGUGGGCAAGUCGUGCCUCCUGCACCGCUUCACCCAGGGCCGCUUCCCCGGGCUGCGCUCCCCCGCCUGCGACCCCACCGUCGGCGUGGACUUCUUCUCCCGCCUGCUGGAGAUCGAGCCCGGCAAGAGGAUCAAGCUGCAGCUCUGGGACACGGCGGGCCAGGAGCGAUUCAGAUCAAUAACUCGAUCUUAUUACCGCAACUCAGUUGGUGGCUUUUUAGUAUUUGACAUUACUAACCGACGAUCUUUUGAACAUGUGAAAGAUUGGCUAGAAGAAGCAAAAAUGUAUGUACAGCCAUUUCGGAUUGUAUUUCUGCUAGUGGGACAUAAAUGUGAUUUAGCUUCACAACGUCAAGUUACAAGGGAAGAAGCUGAAAAACUAUCAGCAGACUGUGGAAUGAAAUACAUAGAAACCUCAGCAAAAGAUGCUACAAAUGUUGAAGAAUCCUUCACAAUCUUGACAAGAGACAUAUAUGAACUUAUUAAAAAGGGAGAAAUUUGUAUUCAGGAUGGCUGGGAAGGGGUUAAAAGUGGUUUUGUUCCAAAUACUGUGCAUUCUUCUGAGGAAGCAGUAAAGCCGAGGAAAGAGUGCUUCUGCUGACUUCAAACAUGCCAAAGAACUAACAAGAACAGAUUGGGUGUCAUUUCAGGAUAAAUACCAACAUUAACAGCAGAAUGAUGUAAUGAAAGCAUUAAAAAACCCACACUGACACUAUUUUGUAAGGUAUUUGAUUCGGAGCACUAUACUUACUUGUUACACUACCAGAUUAGAUAUUUUGCUAAAUUAUCAGGCA